CGCACGUUAAGAGACAGACAAAUGUUCUAGAUUUAGUAUAUAUAAACAAGCACAGCCAUCCAUUUGACACAAGUGCAGCAUAAGAGUCUGCAUAGAAAAGCAGUAUCUGGCCUCUAGUGAUAACAACUACAGCAAAAAAAUGGCAAAGUUUGUGAUUGUUCUGGUGGCCACUCUUGCUGUUUGUGCAUCAUAUCCCUACCCACUAAAAUUUAUCAAUCCCAUUGAUGUGAUCAGAAAUCAAAUAGACAAUACAAUAAAACAGAUUCUUCAGACUAUAAAUUCACCACUUAUUAUCAGACUACCUCUUCCUGUACCUUCUACUCCUUCAAAAGAUGCACCCACAGUAGCUGAACCUCCUGCAGAUGCACCCACACCGGACCAACCUCCUGCAGCGGCUAAUUCUGCAGAUGCACCUGCAGAAGCUGAACCUCCUGCAGAUACACCCACAGAGGAUCAACCUCCUGUAGUGGUUAAUCCUCCUGCAGAUGCACCUGUAGAGGCUGAGCCUCCCAUAGUGGCUGAUUCUCCUGCAGAUACACCCAUAGAGGAUCAACCUCCUGUAGUGAUUAAUCCUCCUGCAGAUGCACCUGUAGAGGCUGAGCCUCCCAUAGUGGCUGAUCCUCCUGCAGAUACACCCAUAGAGGAUCAACCUCCUGUAGUGGUUAAUGACCCUGCAGAAGCUGAAAAUCCUGCAGUGGCUGACCCUCCUGCAGAUCAACCAUAGAAAAUGAACUGGCCACAGCUUAAUCUCAAUAUACAAUUGAAGGUUCUUGAAAAGUUGUAAAGAACUUUACACUUUAUGAUUAACAAAUCAGUCUAGUUACAGUAUCAACAAACAUCAUAUUCAACAAAAUAUUCUAUUGCAGUCAAUAUUUCACAUGAUUCCAAUUUCUGUAGUAAUAAGCCAAAAUGCAUAAUAGAAGCUGUACCUAACUAAAUAAAUAACGUUCCUCUCUAUAUCUGGUGUUGAUAAUAAAUACAGCAAAACCAAAAUCCAUACAACAUAACCAGACUCUCUUCUAUAAUUGAGAGUAUACAUUAUAAAACAACAGUAUAAGAUCUGGUUUCUUCUGCAAGUAAUUAUGGACAAGCCUAGAGUCAGUUUCAAAACAGAAGAACUGAGAAUCUCUCUUCACCAUUCUGUCCAGAAUAUCUCCACUGACCAUUCAGGUUUCUGUAUAGUUCACCACAAAGUUAUUUGUUUAUGAGUAAAAGCAGCUGAUAUCCAAAGUUACUGCCAUCCAAUAAAAGGUCUGAAUAUGCAA